AUGCUUGCAAUGCUUUUUCCUGUAACAUUGUGUACUUUCUCAGCUGAAGAAGAAAUAGUCCCUACUAUCCCGCUUCCUCAACCUCCAGAACAUUAUGAAGAUGAUGGUGGUGAAUUUGAGUGCUACGAACGAAUCGAUUUCUGCGAUGAAGUUUCAGCCGAGUAG